CAACUUGUGCUAAAAAUCAUACAUCUCAAGAAUCAUUACGGAUUGAAUAUUUUGGGCAGACCCACGUCUAUGGUAUCUACUAUCUAACCAACUUCCCAUAAGAUUUCUUGCAGACCUCUUCACUCAUUCCUCAAUUAUAAAACCUUACCACAUUAUUCCAAAUUUUCUUACAUCCAAAUCCCUUUCUUUCACAGCUUUCUAGCAAGUACUAGUAGAGAAAACAUGGCUCUGGGAAGAGGCAGUGUGGUGGUUCUACUAGUCUGCUUUUUUGUUCUUAACUCUGAGCUUGUUCAUGCUGCUACCUACAAUGUUGGAGGUACUGUAGGUUGGACCUUUAACACGGUUGGGUGGUCUCGAGGAAAACGAUUUAGGGCUGGUGACACACUUGUGUUCAACUAUAGGCAAGGGACUCACAAUGUGGUGGCAGUAACCAAAGAAGUGUAUGAUAAGUGCAGUACUCCAAGAAGGGGAUCUAAAGUGUAUCGGUCAGGGAAGGAUCGGGUCAGGCUUGCUAAGGGACAAAACUACUUCAUGUGCAAUUUUCCAGGUCACUGCGGUUCUGGUGUGAAAAUUGCCAUCAAUGCUGCUUGAUUUUUAUACUAGAGUUUAAGUAUCAAUAAUGUAUUCAACUUUUAUAUGCGUGCCUUGCAAAUUUCAUACCAGUUGCUCUUUUCAUAUUAGUUGAAUCAUGCAGAAGCUGUUUCCUUAAAUUAAGUAUCAGUUUUUCCUACGGUUCUGUUUGUUUGAAUCAAGGUGACUGAUCUUGUCUCAAGAGAAUAAGUUUGUUUGGGCCUUGUGAUGUGUUGUUUUGGGUGGCUCCAUGAAAGUAGUAUUAUGGGGAAGUAAGUUCUGUUUUGGUGAUUAAUUUUAAUUUAUUCAGAGUUUUUGUACUUUUGUUAGAUAAAUUACAUUUGUUAUGCUUUGCUUGUAAUGUUACAUCCUUACACGUUCA